ACGCACGGGAUAUACGCGUACGAGUGCAGGAACUAGAUCACGAAAUCGCCCUCCCAGCUAGUAACGCACGGACCAAAGUGAUAAAGCCUCCAGAAAGUCAAAAAGCCCGUCCAAAUUGAUUGGUUUAAUCUACGGUAAAGCAACCAGAAAGUGGGAAGGAGGGAAGACAACAACAAAAAAUCCCGUGACCGUGAACGGCCGUGAUCCAUUCCGUUUCAUUGUCUGUAGAACACGCUUUAAAACACGUAAAUUUUCGUAGCUCAUCCGUUUGUCCGGUACAAACCGCCUCGGACGUUUGCGUUUUUACGAGAGCUGAGUGAUUCCACGCCAGUGUUUUCCACUUGAACGCAACGUUGAAAAGGUGAACAAGUGCUUGGGCUCAAAUCACAGCAACCUGUUUUUCUCCCCGUUCCUCACCCACUUUCCACCCCACCACUCCCUUUGGUAGGACGGGGUUGAGGCGACUGGCGGGUGCCAGUGGGAAGUGCGGAAACCCAUCGAUAGUGAAAAUGAUAGUGAGCGCAAUGAUGCUGCCCGUGUUUUCCACUGUCCGUUGCCGUAAUACCGUUGUCGACAUCCCGACCGUGCACCAUCGUUACCGAUGAACCGGGCGGAAAAGCGCUCGAAGGAAAGCUCGUGGUUGAACGAUAGCAUCCUCGCUCGGUCGCGGUUGCAUCGACGUCGCCUUUCGUAGUCGUCGUUGUACAAAUCGUAGCAGUCGCGGUGCCUGGUGUGGUUGUUUCGAGCGUGUGGAAAAGCCGAAAAGUGAAAAGAAAAAAAACGUCGAUGGUUCAUCUAUGUCGAAGGUGGCGAUGGCAGCAUAAAGCAAUAAAUGGUUCAUGUGCCCGUGCCGAUGCAGGCGGUGUGUUGUGUGAAGUGCAGUGAGUAAAAUAGAGAAAUCCCCUAUUUCUGCGAAACACAGCCGAAAGCGCAACGAAGCAGCGUAAAAGAAGGGGCAACAUAAUUUUUGGGGAGAAAAUCAACACCACACGCCACACAAGAGCGGUCGCAUUCGGGUUUGCGGCAACUAUGCAGUGCCUAACGGGGCGUCCGGAUUUCCACCGAGUGCACCAUCACCAUCGACCACAACAACAGUAUCCGUUUGCAGCGCCAGUUCUGGCCACAUUCGGGGAACCGCAUUAGGGGAGCCUCAUCAUAAAAUCAAGAAAGGUUUCUUUCUUACCCGUGCUUGAAGAAAGCAUUUCUUUUGGGAACACACCUCUGCUACAGAAUAACAGGAUAAGACAACUACGGCAUUCGCAAUAGGUGGGAAAAGCAGAAACCAUGAGAACUAAACCAUUCCUGCUGAUACUGACGUGCGUGAUUAUGAUCACUUGUAUAACCAUCCUGUUUGGUUCCGCUGGUCAGCAGAAUGAUUCGUUGAAAAACAUCGUCACCCAGACGCAUCAGCAGUUUCGCAAUUUUAAGAAAAAUCUCCGUGAAUCCAACACCGACCCACGGCCCGAAGUCGAUCCAAAAUAUCUUGCCCAGCUCGGUUUCACACAACCGCUCUACAAUGCAAGCCAGCGGGCAAAUUUCACCAUCGUCACAUACGCCUUGCCCGGCGACAUCGCGUCCGCGCUGCUGUACGUCCAGAAUGUCGCUAUGAAACUUCCCGCCCAGCCCCUGCUGGUGUACGAUCUCGGGCUGGCCGAAUCGGAUCUGCACAUACUGCAGGGUGCCUGCAACAGUACCUCGACCACACACUGCACUGUGAUAUCGUACGAUCUGAGCAAGCUGCCGGGCCAUGUGACCGACCGGAGUAUGCACGCGUUCCGUCCGAUCAUCAUCCACGAUGCGUUGGCACGGUCGAAGCUGAUCCUCUUCACGGAGAACAGCGUACGGCUGAAGGGUAGCAAUACGGUGCGAGAGUUCGAGGAUGUGCGGUUGCGGGCGGAAAACAGUAGCUCCGGUGUGCUCGGCUGUGCUACGAAACAACCCGUCACGAGCAGGACCCAUCCGAAGAUGUUCGAGUACUUCGAGAUUGCGGUCGAUAACUUCUACUUUCUGCCGAUGAUGUCGCUCGAGUUCCUGUUCUUCAGAGAUAGUGCGACAGUGAACGACAAGGUGCUGCUGCCAUGGGUACGCUGUGCACUAACGUUGGAGUGCCUGCAUCCAAUUGGAGCACAAACAGGUGGCUGCAAAUACAAUAAAAAACCGCUGUAUCGAUACUCAGGAUGCCACGAAUACGACACGUGUGCGUUUAACAUCAUCCUCGGUAUGACGUUUGGGUACGACGAAAGUAACUACUCCAACCAGGAACUGGCCAACCUGUACUACCUGGAAACGCUCGAGCAAGCGACCAAGAUACUAGAAAAUCGACGUAAAAACAUUAGCGAUACCUCGGAGCACCCAUUUACUGAGGAUUAAAGUUCGCACGCGGAUGUUGAUGAUGCUGGAAGGUAGAUUUUUUAUGUACGCCAUACAGCAGUGCGAUCUUUUCAGGCAUUUUCUCGAAUUAUUUUUUUUGGUUUUCUGCAUUUGAUUUCCCAACAUUUCUACAUACGCAAUACAAUUCCUUUCGUGAAAGCGUCAUAAAUCGUAGCGCAGAAUGUUAAAUGAGAAAUUUCUUAAGAAAAUAGGCAUAGUGUGGGAAUAGAGCGUAGAAGACAGGUUUUGGUAGAACAUUAGACGAAAAUUGCGCUGCCUGGAAAUAAGUAUUAUUUGCGCAAGAGGAUAACCAAUUCACAAGGCAGUAUAGAAAACAAAUUAGCAUCCCUUGUGUGAUGCGCCAGUACAUCAUAGCGAAUGCAGGUCCAGGGCUUUGUAUAUACGUUCCAAGCACAAUCGAAUGCAUGUAUUCAUAAACGUUGCACACAUUACUUUAAAAAAGUUCAGCUUAAAACUAUGGGAGGGAUUACUUCUGAAAACAGUUUGUCGCGCUUGCUUUUUACGAUAAACUAUUCUCCUUUUUAUCGUUAUUAGAAAGCGAAAGAUCAUAGUGCGUUCAAUUCAUUUGCUCUAGACAUUUGUUGCGUGUACGAUCGACGAGUACUCAAUAUCCAUGCUUGGUUUUGUUUUGUUGAGUUCUAGAAUUUAAUAGAAUGAGUAAAAGAAAGAUAAAGUUGUGGCAACACAAUAGAUAGGAUUUCUCUCGGCAACUCGGUAGCAAGGAACCGAAUCGGAAUGCGGCGUAUUUCAGUAGAGCAGAUUGAUUCUCUGCAGUUGUGAUCAAAACAAUCGAAUGGCCAAGGUUUUUUAGGGUAAGGAUAAAGUGCGGGUGUUUGUUUUUUUUUCUUAUUUUGGAUCGUUAACCUAUACUUGUACCGUCUUAUUUUCGUCCUUCCCGUUGUGUGCAACCGUUUAUCAUUUUCGCGGCUUGUGCAUGUAUAUAAUUGACCGCACAAUUUGAAUGGGUUUUCUAUUGUUUAGGGCGCAUAGUUCUUACCAUAACUUGUAUAUGCUUUGUAUAUACGUUGUACGCUUUGGUUAUACUGAACUCGUUUACUCAAACACUAGCAGAUUAAGGCAGCAUUAUACGUGUAAAACGCGAUACGCGUUUAUUUAGACUAUAAAUAAGCAACUGGGAUGAAAACAAGUACGAUUGUCUGCGAACGAGAGUGAUAGCAAACCGUAAUUAGUGAUCGUACGUUCACUGACCGGCGCGGAUAAAAGUAUGAAAGAAGAACAAUGCAAUGCAACUGGAAGGCAUUCGAGUAAAUUUAUGCUGAAUUUACUUUACACUUAGGGUCAAAACACACGUACUUUUUCUGUUUUUCUUUUUGUUUCAGUUACAAAAUGUCUAAGCAACGCAGAUUUUUGAUUAAAACAAAUUGGCUUCAAGCAUUUUCAGAUAGGUAUGCGCCAAAAAGCAAACAAUGGAAAGCUAAUACAAAAAAACUGGAAGGAAUAAUGGGCGUUUGAAACGACGAUAUGCCGCACAAGUAAAUAAGUCUAUCGUUAUAAAGAUCGCAUUGGGAUAAUAUCGCUAAUGUUUAGGGUCUUCUGUGCGUAUAGUUAUCAGUGCGUAAAUACGUUUUAAUGCUUACCAUGCUUACAUCACAGCAAAGAACCACCUCAUCUAUAUAUAUUUAUAUAUAUAUACCCACACAUCUGACCCGAUCAGGAUCCUAGGUACACCGAUUAAUUGACAAUCAUUUUGAACGAUUUCACCGCUCUCAUAUUCAUUUUUCCCGCACUACAAGAUCUAGAGAACCUUUGAAUUGUCCAAUGUGGAAAACGGAUAUUUUUUUUCUCAAAAUACUCGAACUGUUGGUUAUACCUUACCGGGUUUGUAAUGUGCAGUAAAUCGUGCUUUUGUUUCGGCCGUUUCGAAUUGUUCUGUUACACAUUGAUUUUUUUUGCAUCCAUUCCCUUUGCUUUCAGACAAUCACAGAAACACAGGCUUUCCUCGGUGUAGCUUUGUUUAACAUUUGGUUUUGUUUGCGAUAUUAGUUUCAAGUUGCGAUAGAAUAUAUAGAUAGAUUUUAACGUUUUCGUAAGGAUUCUAAUGUAGUGAGAAGACGCGGCGAUUGGUUUUGCUUGCGUUCGCUGUGCAUCAGCAUAAGUAAUAAUUGUCUAGUCAAUGAUCGCCCGCAAGAUCCAUUCCUGGUUGCGAGACCAGCAAACACCACGUAAGCAUAUUGGUGCUGUACGACUUUUUUGGCGAUGGGCGACAGGUUUACCGGUUUCCUGUGAUACAUAAUAUUAUUGAUUGGUACCGUCCACAUAGCACACUCUGAUCGCGAAUUUUGGGUGGGAAAGCACCAACCUCGAGCACCCUUCCCUGGCGAUCCGGGCGUCGGUGAAGUUUCUGCGAGGGCUUUAGGUUUGCGCUGUUUGUAUAUUUUGCUUGUCUUUUUUUGUUGUUGUGUGUUUUGUGUUCUCAUGCACUAAACGAAAGGUCCAGUGUUUUUCGUCCUUAUUUAUACACGCUUGACAAUUUAAUCAUGCACAGCAAAUGCUUAAACUCGAACUCGACCCCAAGAAGUGUUCAAAACUAUUGUUGAUCAAAUUACCAAUUGCUGGGAGGUAAAUUGGACGGCACCGACAGUCAUGAUUUCGUCUCGCGUGGCUCUUAUUUCACACGACUAAUGCCCUUUGCAUGGUUCAAUACUCAAGGGGUCCCAAAACGCGGACACGGAAUUGCGGACUAAUGGCUUCUUAAUUGGUGCAAUUCAUUCCCCCGGCCAUGCGUUGACUUACUUAGUCGUAUAGUUGACCACUAAGCAGGGGAUACUUCAGAGCCCUCUCAAUGUAGGAAGCUGUCGGGUCCCGAAAAGAUACAUAACGGUUGGUCCUGCAAAAGGCAAAUUAAACCACAAACCCCCCCCCCACGUGUUAAAGGAGCAAGCACAUGCAUUAGUAAGACAGUCUAACCAGAAAUGCACACAUACCAUUCAACAUAUCUACCAAUACAAGCGAACUCUGUCUAAUGUUAGCAAUGUAAUAGUGUUUGGAAUGCGAAAAAAACUACGGUUAAUUAUAACAAACAAAACCAAUUAUUACAUAAUUAAACCAGCUUUAAAUAAGUAAGAGCCAGUGCGCAGCAAAAGCAAAACAAGCCAAACACACGGAAUCAGCAAACUAUUACUAGCAGAGUUGAGAUAGUACGACAUAAGCAAAGUAAAUCAGAUUAAAAGAAAUUGGCAACACUAAAUAAAACGCUCUACAACAACAAACGUGCGCAAGAAGGAAGCAGAGCAAUGAAGGUGUUUUAAUGCGUUUGUUCCGAGCAUCAAUACAAAUAUUUGAAGAAAGCAAACAAAGCGAAAUCGAAACCCAAACCCAUUGCGAUGGAAGGCGGGCAUAUACUAUUAGCAUUUAACGCAGCAAAAGAAGAAUCUCUUAGCAAAAAUCUAGCGGAACGAUCAAGAGAGGAUUCUUACUUAACCGUACCAACCAACACACCCGCCGCGUACGCCCGUGGUGUUCCGUGUUGCAUAUUUUUAGCUGCCCCCAAAACGUACGAUAAAUUUAUAUCUUAUAAUAAUAUGAGGAACACACUAGGAGGACCAGUUUGUUAUCAAAAAACACACAAAAAAUAACCAAAAGGAAGAAAACAGGUGAUGCGUGCGUGUUUAUUAGGGCCACACAGGGGUGUUUCGGAUUUCUAGUAAAUGUUAAGGGCAAACUUUAAAACGACUACAGCAUUUGGAGGCAGUAACAACGACGUUGGUGUUUUAAAUCGAUCGAAAGGUGUGGAGAUACUUACUCGAACAUUAAAAAAAAACAGGAAUUGCAGGAAAUAAAUGGAACAAAUAUAAAACAAGCCAAAAAGGAGGAUAAGCUAAACGAAGGUACAUAUUGCAUUGCGAUGAGAGUAAAUUGCGUUUUCCGAUUCAGUAGCAAAAUAUCGACGUUACAAUAAGUUCUAUCAGGAAUGGAAGAGUACGAUAAAUUCUCUAACCCAUUGAAAAUUGAAUCACCUCGAAUGAAAGCUUCCUCCGGGUAUUAUUGUUAACGAUUAUAAAGGGGCAGAACAUUAUGUCACCGGACAUGGUUGGGUGUGGGGCGCAUAAGUUGGGCUAAUUUAUUAUAUAAUUAUGCGUUUUACGUUAAAAAAAUGAAAUUUUCUAACUGACGCAGAACUUUGUCCGAAGUUUUAAGAACGUCUAUCGCUUGCUUGCGACUUCUGGUAGGGCAUCAACAAUUCGUACAAGUUGUGGUUCUUCGAUGCCUUCGAGUCCUGUCUGCCGAUGCGCAGCUCAUCUCAUCAGCGAUGCAUCCAGUUUUCUAGAAUGAUCUACCGAUUUACGUAGCUGCCCUUAUGAUAUGCUAUACUGCUUGGUGACCAUCAGUAAGAUAGGGUAACCCCAUAUGUCGAACUUGUUCACAUUUAGAACCACUGUUCAUUCUCCCCGCGGAACCUAUUUUGGAUAAUUUCAGUAUUUUUUUUUGCUUUGAUCACCAAAGCGCUAGCUUGUUCGUUGGCUGCAAUUCUUAUAAAUUCUAACGCUAUUUAUUCUCAGCCUGGAAAGACUUCCAAAGGGACAGAAAACGCAAAAAACCAACAAUAAGAGACUUGUGCCAGACCGGUGACCAUA